GCUAAAACGGGACUGAAUGAUAAUUACACUUGAUGAGAAUUGAACAAUGAAAGUUAAAAUUAAGAUUUUUGUCGUUCUCUGACAUUUCGCGCUAAUUUUAAUAUAAAUUUUGACAUUUUAUAUUUAAAAAAAGUUGAUAAAAGCGAUCGCUGCUUUACCGACCGUCAAUGGUUACCGACGGCGCGCCGCACGUAUCGACGUGGAAGGCUUUACAACAGAGCUUCGAGUUUAUCUACGGGAGUUUUGACAUCGCUGAAGCGGCGCUGAGUGCGCGCAUCAAAAAGCCAUAAUUGCUUGUUUCUUUGUUACGAUUGUCAUGUUUACAUUUCCUAAUCGGAAGUAAUAUCGUUCGCGAACGGCUCGGCUCGAAAUAUGGCCAAGACUAAAACGAUUAGCAAAGGAUGCCCGAAAUGCGAGCAGCAGGUACCCGUUGCCUGCAAAGCAUGUCCCUGUGGACAUUCUUUUUUCAACGCACGGCGCAACUCCAUCAAAAGUCCACCCAGCCCUGACAGCGGGGUGAUGAAGACUAGAAGAACAAAUCGCGUUAAACGCGAGAAGCCAAAUUAUUAUGACGCCUUGGAAUAUGACAAGCAGAUGAAGAAAAGUGCCAAGAUCAGACGGACCACAGACAAUGCGAAUGAUAUCGAUUGUCGACAGUUGAACAAAAAGAAGAAACGGAAAGCAAAGGGAAAGGGCAAGAGUGGCAGCAGCAGUGGCAUGGGCGACGACGAUGACGAAAUGGACGGGAUCAAUGGAUUAUCUCCCGAGAAGCAGCUCACUUGCUCCCUCAUAUUACAGGAACUGAACAACAAGAUGAGAGUGGUGGCUUGGAAACCUACGUGAAAUCUGAGAUAAAUAUAGUCGCAUGUAUCCCUUUGACGAUCUCAAUGACCAUUAGUCCAACGUGAUUGCUUUAUUAACGCACGUUGGUGCGUUAAUAAAAGAUAAAAAUGAGAUAAAAAUGAAAUGAACUUACGCAUUACGGUGCACCGCAUAUAUUGAUCCUAUAUACAUGAUAUUGAAAAUUAAAGUUACCGAGUUUACAUCGAGUUUCAGUCUCCAUACAGAGACAACUGCCAUGAAAAUCUCCGAUCGAUGUAAUUUUUCAUAGCACUCUUAUGUGUCAUUUUUUUUUUUUUUUUCAUUGUGAUUAAGACUUGUGAUGUCAUUUCGAAGCUUCUGCAUACGGAAUAUGUAAACUUGCAAUUGAAUUGUGCGUCCUACUUGUACUAUUUGUACUCCACACAUUUAGCGCUGAAUAUAAUCGUCAGAUUUUCAGGAUUGUUCUUGGAAUUCUGACAGAGUGGUAGCAGAUAACGCCGGAUAAUCAUUGCAUGAGACUUUUGCGAUCGGACUGCCAUAUAUAGCGCUUAGAAUCCAAAUACGGAUUUUACACUUUAACAAAUUAAAAUCUUCCGAGAUUACUCGUAGCAAUCAUUAUAUUUAGACAUAUCUACACAUACCUAUUUAAAGAUUAAGAAACAGAAAUACGUAAAAGUUACAACUCAACGUGUAAAUAUUUAGGCUUAUUGUGAAAAGAUUUAUAUAUAUAUAUAUAAUGUAAAAAAUUUAUAUUAUAGAUUAUUUAUCAUCGUUUUUUAAAUGUCGUGCAUACCUAUUCAAAACAUCAAUUUAUUAUACUUUUCUAUGUAGUAGUCAUUAUCCUUUUAGUUAUAC